GAGUAUUUAAACCAUAAUGUAGUAGUUUAUCAGUAAGUUUAUAAGAUGGCUGCCUUAAGAAUUUCAUUUUUAACAUUAUUCAUCAUAUUGCAGGUGUGCAAAAGUGCACCUGCUCCUAAACCUCUUGAUGAAAUCAAUGUUCAUUUUCAUCUUGAUUAUGAGAGUUCAGAAUCUGCUGAAGGAAAAGGUAAAUCUGCCCCAAGCAGAACAGUCAAUAGAGGAGAUUAUGACAUGACCCCUGAAAUGAUGCAAGAAAUCUGGGAUAAAGAAGAGAAAGCCAAAGCAGGCAAAGGUGCAAAUAGAGGCAUGACCCGUAAACCUAAAAAAGACAUUGAUUACGAAAAGAUUUUAGAGAAAGCCACAGCAGCGAGAGAGGUUAGAGAAAGUCUUAGCAAACAGGAAAAAAUACUUUGAUUAUUUCUAAAUGAACACACCUUCAUGCAAAAAAGUGAAACCACUAAUAAUUGUUUGCAGAGCAUUUCCAAGCCUUGGCAAAAAAACAUAUUUUUUGCUUAAAAUAUACUUUUUUCAUUUC